AUGUCUGAAACAGAUGGCCCGUUGUAUAAACUCCCGCUAGACACUUAUCAGCCACAUGUGACAUACACUAGUUACAUUUCUACUAAACAGAUGAUUGACCAAGUGCUCAAUGAGGACCAGGAAUACCUUGCUUGGAAGAUCAAAAGCAAGAGACUACCGGGAAAUAUGAAAGAGUAUAUGGAUGAAUUCAAAAAGGAACUAGAAAACUUUGAGAACAUGGAAUGGCAUAGGAAAUCCCAGUCAGUUCCCCCUUCUAAAUCUACAUCGAAUAAAGUAACUAAGAAGCAAUCAUGGGAUAUGAAUAGAGUCCCAUCGAAUGUCGUGUUCGCAAGAGACAUAUACGAAAACAAGAUCAAUAGCCUACCGAGACCUAGAGAGUUGGAUGAAACUGAGCUUAAAAAGCUAUUUAUGUCACAUCUUGAUGACGAACAGAUGAACAGAUAUGAAGUUUUCAAGAGAACGUCGUUAGCAAAGAAUCAGAUCAAAAAAAUAUCAAGCGUGGUAACGAAUCAAACAGUUGCAAAUAAUAUUAAUUUACUACUUGGUGGUGUGGGAAAAAUAUUUGUUGGAGAGAUCGUAGAAAAAGCCCUUGAUGUGAAAGAGAAGUGGUUAUUAGGAUUAGCCGUCAAUAAAUUUCAUGAAAGGAAAAGAAUUGGUUCCAGUUUAAAAAAACAUUUAAAGAAGCUAACAUGUCUUGUGGAAAGAUCCGAUUCUGAAGAUGCAUUUCCUGAUAUGAAUGAUAGCGUUGAUGAAUCAGAGCCUGAGGAUAUUGACACAGAUGAUGAAUCAGAAGUAAAGUUUUUAAAAACCAGUAAUGACCUUAUUCAAUCACAAGAAAACGUCGAGUCUGUACGAAAGGGUUUAAUAAAACAGUUUAACACUUUAGUCACAAAGUUCAAUGAACUAGAUGUUUCGGUGGAAAAAUAUAAUAGUAGCCCUUUGCUACCAGAGCAUGUACACGAGGCUUGGAGGCUAUACAGAUUAGAGAAUGAUACCCUUCCCAAUGGUCAAUAUCGUACACAAGGCGAGGGUAAUGGCAUGAUGUUUCGUUAG